CCCCACAGAGCCGUGGGCUCGGCACCCCGGGUGUCCCUGGGCCGGGCAGAGCCGAGGGCCGGGGGCAAGAGGGCCGGGGGGGCCGGGGCUGGGCCGCGCCGGAUGGGGCGGUGGCUUCCGCGGGCGGCCAGGGGAGAUGGGGGAGCCGCGGGGAGCGGCGGCGAGAGCGGCGGCCAUGGUGCUGGCGGCGGGCGCCUGCUACUGCCUGUGGCGGCUGGCGGCGGGCGGGCGCCGGGCCCGGGCCCAGGGCCGGGGCGGGCCGGGCCCGCCCGCAGACAACAGCCCUCCAGUGUCAACCCACACCAUGGAUGCGGAUGCCCUACAGAAGCUUAUUCAUUUGCUCCAGGCCACAGAUGAUCCAUUAAUUCAAGAGCAAGCUUUAAUCACUCUCAGCAACAGUGCUGCCUUCUCUGUAAAUCAAGAUAUAAUCCGAAAUUUGGAUGGCCUUUCUGUUAUUGGAGGAAUGCUCUCAGAUUCCGUUCCUAAAGUUAAAGAAAAAGCACUAAAUGCACUUAAUAAUUUGAGUAUGAAUAUUAAAAAUCAGGAAGAGAUACAGGUGUACAUUACGCAAGUUUGUAGGAACGUUGAGUCAGCUCCCCUGAACUCUGAUCUGCAGCUAGCUGCACUCCGAUUGUUGACAAACAUGUCCGUUACCAGUGACUACCACCAUAAGAUGAUAAACUCAAUUCCCUGCUUUCUUCAUUUGCUUUCAGAAGGAACAGAAAGGACACAGAUUCAAGUUUUGAAAGUACUUGUGAACUUAUCUGCAAACCCAGCCAUGACAAAACAUCUUCUCAGAGCUCAAGUGAGCAAAACAAAGAGUCGGGGACUGGAAUGCUGCUGCAUCCUCCUCCCCCUCCCCAAAGUGCCAUCACUGCUGUUACUUUUUGACAGCUGUAUAAACAGAGAUAUUCUGCUUAGAGCCCUGGCAUUUGCGGCAAACUUGAAAAAGAACGUGAACAAUGAAGAUGGCACCAUCAUUCAGGACCAAUACAGUGAAGAUUCAGUUUUCUUUACACUCUGCAGAGACUCUGUCCCAUUCGCUCAGAAACUGGCCUCCUUGCUACAUCACCCUGAUACAGAAGUGAAAGAGCAAGUUGUGAGAAUAUUAACACAAUAGUGAUUUUUUUUAAAAAAAGACUGACUUGAUGAAAAUAUCUAAUCUUGGGAAUGCUAUGCUAAAAAAAAAACCCAACAAGCAAACAAUGUAUCAACCAAAAAAUACUGAAAACCACCAUAUUGUUAGGUACAAAUCAGUUACUAUAAAAAAGAAUGCAAUGUAUUUAAUAUAGAGAGCAUAACAGAUUUUUUUUUUCUUUCUUUACAAGCAAGAUAAAAGCAAUAGCUUAAUUAGUGGUGAGAAACAACUGUACAGCUGGUACAUGUACACAAAGGGGGAGGAAUAGUUUAAAACUUGAAAACUUUCCUAUGUCAACAUUUUAAAUGUAUGAGUAAACAUUUGUCAAUGUAUGAGUGGCCAUUUUAAAUGUAUGAGUAAAAUGAAUUGAAAUAUUCUUCUCAAUGUCAUAAAGAAUUUUUGUUGCCUGAAAUAUUUACAGCUGUUGAAUAAAUACCUCUAUAAAAUGGUGCAUUAAAGAUUUAGGAAUUAGGCAUUUAUGUUUUAUUAAUCUCAUAUCUGCUAAGUGGGUGCAGGCACAUCUUAGAAAAUACUAGAUAAAAACAAUACCAAACUAUCAUUGGCUUCCUACAAAAUUAGUAUUUUCAGUGAAAACUGCGUGUUAAAAGUUAUCCAGCCCAUGCUUUUUGCCCUUAUCUGCACGGAAUAUAUUCUAACCUACAUUCUCAUACGCUUAGUAUGUCUGUUCCAUCUGGCCAAACUGCAGUGGAGUUAACCACAACCAUGCAAUGUUUCUACACUUGAAAAAAAAAAAUCAAAAGGAUUUUAUCUUGCUUUAAAAUUGUCACUUUAAGAAAAGCAUACAUAUUUUUCAAAAUAUUUUAUUAUGAGUCAAAGACUAUCUGCAGCUGCAAUUCAACAUUCUUAUCUUCAUUAAAGAAGCCUACAAGAGCAGCGUCAUACCCAUUUUUACAAAAGCUUCUGGUUCUGUAGCAGCCCUUGGACCUGCUUUCCUUAGAGAGCCUUACUGCUUUUUCUCUGCAACUGGAACAUCAUCGGAAUAAACACUUCUGUUGAGUUAGUCCCCAUAAAGUUUUAGUCAUCAAUCCAGCGUUAAUUCAAAAUGAAGUGGAAUACACAUAAACAUCAUUGUAAAUGAACCUGAAGAGUUUCACUGAUGAACAUAAAAGAUAACAGCAAACUUCAUACUAAAAGAAGACUGCUAAAUCUUCCUAAACGCGGUGGAAAGUAAAAAGUGUCAGGUGCAAAGGCUAGAAACAAGUUUUCCACCUUGUACCAUUCUUAAGAGAGCUUUAUUACCUCAACUGUUCCCAGAUGCUUCCUCUCUCUAAGAUAAUAUACACACUCUGCUCUUCAUAAAAUACUCUCUUCUCUUUCUGUGAUUCAAUAGAUAUUUAUUUUCAGUAGGUGACUUUGCAAAUAGCUACAACUGCAAGAAAAAUGUGACCUUGAAAAUACAACACAUCUAUGUCCUGAUCAAUUGCGGGGUAAAGCUACAUGUAUCUAGCUUACCUACAUAGGUAGUUUUAAGACAUCAGGAAUACAAUUAAGUCAGAAAUAGAAGCUGGCAUGAUUCCCAGUCAGAACCCUGACAAGGGCUGCAUUGACGGCGAACUUCCCUUUCUCCUUCCCACUGUUCCAGAAAUGCAGUUCAUUUUGUAAUAAGCAGGUUACAUUACAAUCACGUAAUGUUUUGCUACUUUUUGUAGAUAUAUUUAUUUUCUGCUUCUGUAUUUUCAAAGAAAAAUAAAGGCUAAGUCAGACACUAAGAAUUUACCAAUCCCACCUUCCUCUUCUGACAAGAGCUUAGACAAGUCUGUUCUAGCUAUAUCUGAUAGACGUGUGUUUUCUUAAGCUCAGCAACAGAGAUGUCUCCAUGUUCCUCUUCAUGUUCUUCAAACUCAAAAUAAGUUUUUUAAAUAGCAUCUUUUUGAUAAUUAAAGUUGAUCUCUUAUGUUUUGCUUUGAUAGUUGACAGAAACCAGUGACCAUUGUCCCCUUUUCUAAAAAUAUAUGAAAACUUGUUACAGCGUUGACUCAGUCUUCUUUUUCUGGUCUAGAAAGACCUAUUUUUAAAUGCUUUCUUCAUAAAACAAUGAUAUUGAGAUGUUUUGAAAUCAUGCGAGAUGCUCCAAAAUGUCUUCAUGCAAGUGUGUCUGAUUUUUUUAGACCCCACCCCCACAUCACCAAGCAAAGAGUAACUGUCACCUUUCUACAUACAAAUGCUGUGAAUUAUUAGAUCCAACCCAAAACGUACACAAUUACUGACCUUUAGUCUCUGAUCCUUGUAAGUCAGUACUUCUCUGCUAUGUGGCUGCUUAUCUAGGUAUUCUGUAUUUUAGUUUCAGUCUUUCUUUCUGAAGUACAGAAUUUUACAGAAUAGUCUAUUGAUGAUUUUGAAAACUAAAAAAAAAAAACCAAACAAAAAAACCACCAAACCACCAAACCAACUUCAAUUUUAACCAUGUCCUUCAAAGUACUCAAAACAUCCUGCAGCCUGGUGUCCUCCACAAUGUUGUGAACAUGCAAUAUGCAUUGUAUUAUCCAAAUCGUUAUUGAAGCUAUUGUGUAAAUGCGAGGUCCAAUAGAGACUUCGUCUGAAAUACCCUCCCAAAAUCAACCCUGAAAGACUGAGUUUUAAACCAGUUUUGAACAAAUUCUGGUGAAUACCUCUAGACCCUACUAGAAUUACCUUUUCAAAUACAGAAAUCUUGAUAUUUGACAAAUAUGAGUUCCACCAAAGGAAUAUAAGCAACUUUUUCAUGCAUAUAAGUGUAAUCCUCCAUUCCAGAACCCCUCCUCAGCAUGAACUUGGACUAACUGAUCUUUGCCUCCUUGUGCUGUUCCUUGGUGGUAGUAUUAAGGAACUUCUAGGACUUUUCAAUAUAAAUUUUUAAAAGGUAGCUGUCAACAGUUAAAAGAUUACUUGUUUGCUGCUAGCAUGAAAUCUCAUUAACUGGUUUUAAUUAGUUGCUAGAAGUUCAUGUCUUUAAAUUGCGGGGAAAU